AUGGGUGAUUUUAAUACUAUUCUAUCUAGCGAGGAUAGAGUGCAGGGGAAUGCAGUACAAGAGAUAGAGGUGAGAGUUUUUAAAAAUUUCAUAAUAGAUGUUGGAUUAGACGAACUCAGAACAGUGGGGAGAAAGUUCACCUGGACAAAUAACCAUGUUCAUAGUAGAAUUGAUAGAAUACUAAUAAAUGCAGAGUGGAUUCAAAAAUGGCCUGCGAUGGAGGGGAUUAUUAUGAACCCUAGCUUUUCAGAUCAUUGUCCUUUGAGCCUAGUUAUUGAUGACACUAGCCAAGAAGGUAGGCGACCUUUCAAGUUUCUCAAUUGUUUGGAAAAUCACAAAGAAUUUGAUGACAUAGUUAAGCACUUCUGGAGAAAGAGGCAAAGGGAAAAUGCAAUGCUAAAGGUGUGGAAUAAGCUCAAAAUGCUAAAAGGAGAUCUAAAGCAGCUGAACAAUCAAAAAUUUAACAAAAUUGGGCACAAGAUUGAAGUAGCAAGGAACAAAUUAGAAGAUAUCCAGGCUCAAAUGACAACUCCAGGGAAUGACAAUGAGGCAAUAUUACAAGAAAAGACCGCAAAACUUGAACUGCUAAAUGGUUGGAGGUGGAUGAGUGUAUACUGA